GGGAGGAUGUAAGCCCACUAUACCAGCCCCAUCUAACGUUUUACAGUCGCACUUAAGUGUCUUUUUAUUGAAAUAAUAAAAUAAACAUGUCGCUAACGAAUUAUUAUUCUAUGAUGGGGCUCCAGACUGAGGAGCCGUACGGUGCGCAUUUCAUCCCGGGAGGCUUGCAGGGUUCUUCGGCCGGCUGCGGAAAGCCAGCCCGGAGAGGAGCGGAGGAGGAGGAGGAGGGGACCCCCAUCCCGGAUUUUUCACAUUUUUCCAACAAACAGACGGGCUUAAAUGGCUUUUCUCCCUGGGCCAACACCUCCACUUCCUCUGCCCCUUCUUCCCCGCAGCUGCAGUCCAAUCCGGGCCUUUUUCAUCCACAUCCACACCUCCUGAGCCACCACCACCACCAUCACCACCACCCGUGGACGCAGCAGAAUCACGCCGAGCACCUCGCCUCAUCGGCGGCUUCAGAGAGCAGAUUCGUCCGCUGUUGGGAGGGUUCGACCCCGGCUUUGGAGACCCCUUUGUCCCAUGCAUCUGAUGGGUUUUCCGGGUGUGUCCCCGCUCAGGGUGACCUCUCCGAUCCAACACCGACGUAUGCGGCGGUUAAACCCGAGAGUUCACCUCCGUCCGACAGCCCCGAGGAAUCCAGCUUCAACAGCCCGGCUGAGGUGAUCCUAGAGCGGCUUGGCACCGUGGAGGAGCUCGUUAAGAAGACGGAGCCCAAGAAAGAGAACGAGGAGAAGAAAAAAAAUCCUAUGAUAGACCCGGAUAAUCCUGCUGCAAGCUGGAUCUACGCCAAGUCCACCCGGAAGAAGAGGUGUCCGUACAGCAAGUACCAGACCCUGGAGCUGGAGAAGGAGUUCCUGUACAACAUGUACCUGACCCGGGACCGGCGGCUGGAGGUGGCCGCGCUGCUGAACCUGACCGAGAGGCAGGUGAAGAUCUGGUUCCAGAACAGGAGGAUGAAGAUGAAGAAGCUGAUGAUCCGGGAGAGGAGGGGUCCGAACGAGUGAUCCCGUUUUUGGGAUGUUUUUUGUCCAGGAUAGAUGAUGAUGACGAAAAGAGACGCAGAAACUCCAAGAUGACGAUCUGUAGCGGGAGCUAUAAAACUAACAUGGCCGAGGUGGAAAAGACUGCAGAGGGGAGACCAGGAUGUGUUGUAACACUUUUGUUUAAAAAAAUAUUCCUUUCGCAACGUCUUUUGGUCUUUUCUUGUUGGAAUUGAAGAACUUAAAGUCUUCCAUCUGCAUGUGACAGCUUACCUUUAACCCGGGGUACUUGUAAAUAACGCUACCAUUUACAAAAACAUCCAUAAAUCUGAACUUAAAAACAACACAUUCGAUGAUAUCAAUGACUUCGCUCUUUUGGAGAACACAUCUGUUUUUGAUAAAGCUGUAUAUCUCACAUUUCCAGAACUGAAACUACUUGACUUCACAUAAAUUGUCUGUGCUUUCGGCCAAAAAUGCAAAUUGCAUUUUUUAUGAUUUCAUGCUUAAACUAUUGUCCUCAUAUAAAACUGCUUCCAUUGUGCCAGACGGGGCUGCACCGCGUCUGUUAAGGACACAAAUAGAGUCUUUAUGUGGCAUUAGGGGGGGGGGCGUACUUUUGGGAAAGAAACCCUUAACAAAUAGAAGCCUAACACUUAUUAAUAAUAUGUAAUAAUAGAUACUUAAUUAUAAUAAUAUUAGCCAAAAAAAAUACAGAGGGUGAGAUAUAUUCAGAGUAUAAGAGGUUUGUUUAUGUGGUUAAUAAUGCAAACAAAACUAUGAGAAUGAAUGCAUUUAAUUGAUCCAUUUGUUGGAUUUAGUUU